AUUUACAUUCGUAACACCCGACAAAUCAUUUAAUAAAUAUGAUUCGUAAAAAGUAACGUAAAAGUGUGAAAUAAUGAUAAAAAUUCUCAGUGUCGUCCCAUAUUAUUUGAACCAUGCGUUCCUCAAUUACUCGAAAGAAAACCGGGAGCUCAUAGCGCAGAGCGCGGUUAUGCGAUGGAUAGCAAACCUGGUGAAAUCAUACCGAUUUUCGUAGGGCAGGCCGGGACGCAAAUUGCUAACGCCUGUUGGGAACUGUUUUGCUUGGAACAUGGCAUAUCCAGCAGUGGGUGCCUCAGUCAGGGCUACUAUCCACCGGACAUCAAUAUGUGCAGCGUCUUCGCAGAGACGCAAGUCAGGAAAAUGACCCCGCGCACGAUAAUAGUUGAUUUAGAGCCGACGGUGGUCGAUGAGAUUAGAACAGGCGCGUACAAGAGACUUUUCAGCCCCGACUGUUUGAUCACCGGAAAGGAGGACGCGUCGAAUAAUUACGCGAGGGGGUACCACACCCUCGGCCAAGAAUUGAUUCAACUUGUGCUCCAACGCGUUUGUAAAUUAUGUGAAUCCUGCUCGAGACCAUCUGGAUUUGUCGUGUUCAGAUCGAUAAGCGGUGGUACCGGAGGUGGUUUCGCUACUUUGCUGUUGGAACAUCUGGCUUAUAAUUAUCCAAAGACGAUCACUUUGGACUUCGUCCUUUUCCCAUCCCCGAAUAUUUCCACGGUUAUUGUCGAACCAUACAACGCGGUGUUCGCCACUCACGGCUCUCUCGAUAGCGUCAACUGCUGUUUUCUCUUUGAUAACGAAGCACUGUACAACAUCUGUGACAGAUGCUUGGACGUAGACAAUCCGACUUAUACGAAUCUGAACCGAAUGAAGGCUCAAGUCGUUUCGAGCAUCACAGCUUCGAUGAGGUUCGAGGGAGCUUUGAACUUGAAUUUAAAUGAACUGCAGACGAACUUGGUACCGUAUCCAAGAGUCCACUUCGCGUUAGCCGCGUACGCUCCGUUGAUUUCUCCCAGAAGAGCUAUGCAUGCCGAAAUUACGACUGAGAACAUCACUUGCGAGUGUUUCGAGCCUUCUAAUCAGAUGGUAUCGUGUGACCAAAGCACUGGAGCUUACACCAGUUGCUGUUUGCUGUACCGCGGGGACGUAAGUCCGAAUGACGUAAAUCAAGCGAUCGCGGCGAUGAAGGGAAGGAAGUCCAUCCGUUUUGUUACUUGGAGCCCGACUGGGUUCAAGGUAGGAAUCAAUUAUCAACCGACCACCACCGUUCCAGGGGGUGACUUGGCACCCUCCAGGAGAACCGUAGUGAUGGCCAGCAAUAACACUGCUAUCAAGAAAAACUGGUUGUCGCUUGCUCGUAAAUUCGACUUGAUGCUCCAGCAGAGAGCUUUCGUUCAUCAUUACGUGGGGGAGGGUAUGGAGGAGGGUUACUUCGACGAAGCUCGCGAGAGCAUGUCCCUGAUGGUCGACGCGUAUAGAGAAAUCGAGCGGUGAUCUGCGAGACGAGCAUUAUAAAUUGGAGAGAAAAUUUUUGCACUCAGUGCGCACCGACCAGCUGACGUUGAUUUGUCGUCGCCGCGCAGAAGGAAAAAACCGUAAAUUGCAGAUUGAUAAAAGAGAAUCGCAGCGGAGAUAACAGUAGAGCAAACGGUAGACUAGCUGGCACCAGUGGCGCGGCUCGAGCGAAUCGUCGAUAAGGAAUCGCGUUCCGAGCUCGCGGGGAACGUGUGCCUCGAUAUCAAACGAGUAUAAUAACAUUAGGCUUCGCACAGUCGCGUAACUGUUACCUGAUAAGCAGUAUCGACGCAUCGACCGCUUUGUUCUGGAUAGAAUCGGUCAUCUAUCUUAUCAAGGAACAAUCGGAAUACAAUAAAAAUACAUCCCUAGAAUAUUUCCAUCCAAGGAACAACUCAUUCUCCUGUAUUAACAAAUUUUACGACUGUACGGAACGAUCAACAAAGUGAAAUAGCUAUCAUUCCUUAUCGUGUAAUUACUCAUUCCGUUUCUUUCAUCUGUUUUUAAACAACGAUUGGACGUAUCUUUUCCUGAUUAACACGCGUGCACCGUGUGCCGCACUUUGGACAUAAUACCCAAACUUUGACAAGCUCGUUGCGAUAAAUGCGGUGCGAUUCACGGUGAUCUACCGUUCGAUGAGGCAAUGCCUCCAACGAAGAUACGACCAUUCGGCAAUAAUUAUUUUAUCGCCCGUAUGUACAGUCGAUAGGAGAAUAACGAGGUCAUAAGUUGAUUAAUCAAAUACUACGCAUCGAGGAAAAAUGAUAAAUAAAAUAUAUAUGUAUAUAAAUUCUCGGGUAUUGACACAUGAAUGAAAUCUUACAUCGUCUUAUUACUAUUUUAUCGAAUGUACUAUUGCACGUUGCAAUUAAUGACCCUCGUAGUUUUAUCAUCUCGCUGUAUCCUCUGCAUUCCUAAUGCACGGUUACAUAACGUUUCAUCCACGCGGUUACUCGUUCUUGUUCUCGAUUAUCGCUCAGCCUUGAGUCGGUGCAGUAUAUACCUCGCGUGGCUGUCUCAUCCUCAUCAUCGUCGGUUUCGUUUAGUCGUUAAUGGGAAUCGUGGCCGUGCUUAUCGAGAUCAACGAUCGUUUAUCAAAGAUCACGUCGUCUCCCCUCCGUCCGUCUCCGCAACGCCACGGAAGUUCCACGUGAAUUAUUUAGAUUUCACGCGUAUCGCUGCUGCGUUUUUUGUGCGCUUCGCGGCUCCGCGUCAUCUCGUUCGAUCGACGUUUUUCGGGUUGCGGCUGUGAUGAACUCAUCGAUUCCCGAUAAAUUUUCCGUCGAUCGUUCGCUCACGGAAUUUUUUCCCUUUAAAAAUCGUAAAACGAUGAACUAAAUAUUUACGUCCCCUGGAAUGUCAGAUUGGAGUUCCUAGAUGCUAGAUGAAUAUGAUCUACAUACUUCUCGACCAUAAUACUCCUUUAAGGAUGUAUUGGUUAUACAGUCAAUCCCAAAGUUUAUGCACUUUAGAAACGCAUUUUUUA